AUGUAUUUCCGCUUAGAAAUGCUUGGGCUCUAUGCCCUAAUUACAACAUUGACCAGUCCGACACUGGCAUUGCCUACGGUUCCAACAACCACCCCUUCAUCUAUAUCGACUGUCUUCCAGUUCACUCGCAACGGCACCUGGCUCGAAAACCUUGCAGUCCGCCCUAACGGCAACCUCCUCGCCACGCGCCUUGACACCCCCGAACUAUGGCUAAUUGACCCAGCCAACACCAACCCCGCAGAAGCCGGGUCCUUGUUCUACACCUUCCCCAAUGCCACUAGUCUGCUAGGCAUCACCGAAAUCGACAGAGACGUCUACGCAGUCAUCGCAGGCAACUUCUCCAUCUCCACCGUCACAAGCACACCCGGCUCCUACGCGAUCUGGAGACUCGAUGCCUCGGGUAGAGCACCCUCAGCGAGCAUCCUGGCACGGAUCCCCGAAGCCGAGUUCCCGAAUGGCAUUACGCGAUUCGGGCAGAACCUACUUCUCAUAACGGACUCCGCCAAGGGCGUGAUCUGGCGGCUGGAUAUGAGGUCGGGAGUAUACGCGCAGGCGUUGUCUGAUCCGUCGAUGCUUCCUGCUGCGGGCCAGCCGUAUGCUGUUGGUGUGAAUGGGAUUGAUGUACGCGGGAAGUAUGUCUAUUAUUCGAGUACCACGCAAAUGUUGUUCUGUAGGGUUCCGGUGGAUAGCAAUGCUUCCGCUACGGGGCCUGUUGAGGUUAUUACUAGUGGGAUUACCCCGGAUGAUCUGAUGGUUCGGAGCGAUGGGACGGCGUACAUCUCGACGAACCCAGAUAAUGGGCUGGUGAGGGUUGACCCGAAGGGGAGAGUCAGGUUGGUGGCUGGGAAUCAGUUUACGAUUGCUGUUGGUGGAUCUACAGCGGUUGCUGGAAGCAAAGACGGUGCAGUGUUAUAUGUCUCGACCAGCGGGGGACAGUUCUCACCCAUUCUUGGUAAGCUUAUUGAGCCGGCUAAGGUGGUGGCUAUUCACCUAUAG